GGGCUAUCCACUCCCCUUCCCAAUCCCCAAGAGCUCUCUCCCCUCGCCCGUCUCUGCUGUGCUGUGCUGUGACUCUCCAUAGCUCGCCGCCGCAGCAGAUCUGCUCUGCCAUGGAGAUGGAGGCUGAUCUUCCCAGAUGUCGCCCCAUCCGCUGGCUUCCUCCGCAUACCCCGCACCACGGCGAACACCUACUGUCGGAGUCCGCCCUCGUCGACACGCUGGUCUACGUCGACGGCCGCACCAGCGCCUCAACCAGCGCCUCAACCAGCUAGUGCAUGUGCACCACCGAGAGCGGCGACGUCCUCUGCCUCACCUUCUGGGCCGCGCGCCCGCCGCUCCUCUCCUACUUCACCGUCCACCUCCCCGGCCUCCUCCCUGCCACCCCGCUCGACCGUCUGCCCCGCGUCCUCCGCACCCACGGCGAUGUCGCCCUCCUCCGCAUCCCCGUCGGCCCGAAAGGCAACGACUACUUUCUCUACAGCGCCAGCGCCCGCUUCAGCAUGGUCAUGCCCCUCCCCACCUGCCCGCUCACCGACGGUUCUAUCGGCCUUCUGCGCUGCCCGGGCCAAGACAGGCUCUUUGUCGCCGUUCUCCACAAGACCUUGGCCCGGGGGUACUACGCCGUCGACCUGUUGGAGUUCGACCACGGGUCGUGGACCUGGAGCACUCGUCUGAUGCAUGCCGAGUCGCCUCAGGAAUGUGACUUUGGCAUCCCGACCAAGUCCUUCGCCCUCCCGGGCUCGAUCUGCUGGGUCCACCAUGUGAAAGGCAUCCUUAUCUGUGAUCUGCUAGAUGGUGAUGAUGAAGUCCUUCGUUUCAUACGGUUCCCUGUGCUGGCGCCGCCCAAGAAGAAGAGAAUUGCAGGCUAUGAUCGGGAUGUUGCUAUCGGCUCGGAUGGCUGCAUCAGAUACAUGGAGGUGUGGGCUCAUCCCGUGCCUGGAUCAGACAAUGGCGUCACCUACACUCCGCAGGACUGGGGCGCCGCCAUAGAAAGAUGGCUGGAGCCCGAUAAGAAGUGGAUAAUCAGCCAUGAGCUCAAGGCAUCACAGAUUGCGGUGGACGACAGCCACUCUGGGUUGCUUCCUCGUGUCGAGGCUGCAAUGGAGAGUCCAAUCUUGAGUAGACUCCACGCAGGGCAUCCUGCUCUCAGCUUGCAUGACGAUGAUGUUGUUUACAUCAUGGCCAAGGUUGACCACAGGGACGAACAGUCGUGGAUGCUCUUGACAUGAGGAGCAAGACUCUGAAGGGGGUAGCUGCUCUAAGAACGGGAAGAUCCUUUGGUUACAUCUUCUUCCCAAGUGAAAUCUUCAAGCUCCUCGAAAAAGAAGGUGGAGCUGCAAGAGGAUCCUCGGUUGCUGUGUGACCUUCUGCUGACAUAGAAGACGAAGAGCCUAAACGUCUAAAACAACUGUUGUAUUAAUCAUUGGGAGCGAUUCAAGUGGCGCUUCAUUUUCUAGAUGCUCCGUUGCUUGCACUUUAAAAUAGAAGAACUCAGCAUUUAAGGUCUGGUCAUUUCGGUAACUGACAAUGAAUUUCUUGCCAUGAAGCCUCUCUAUGGCGGGUAAUUUGCUCUUACCUUUGCAUGAGCUGUAGUGCAGUCUGCAUCAGCGGAUGUUGGGUUUGUUUGAUCCUCUGCUUCUAUGUCUAUUGGAAGGAAUGAAAUUUUGAAUCUGUCAAA